AUGAAGGAAAAAAUUAAAAGAAAAGAGGCGAAAUAAAAUAAAAUAGUCAAUCAAGAAGAUCGACUUGUCUUUUCUCUCCUGACCCUGUUCUCUACGCAAUUUCACGGUCGACGGUGUAGGGAGAGGAGAGAGAAAAGCGAUCAGAGCACGAUUCUGAUACUAUCUUUCAUCUUUCACUUCACUGCACGGUCUGGGAUAAUCACCAUGAAUGAGAAGGCGAACGUUUCCAAAGAGCUUAAUGCCAAGCACAAAAAGAACUUUGGGUGGGGGAUUCACUGAAGUAUUGAAACGAAAAGAUUAACAAUUACCUGAGAGGAGCAGGCUAAGGAAGCGAAAAAUUUUGGAAGGUCUUCUUAAAUUGCCAGAAAACAGGGAAUGUGCGGAUUGCAAGAGCAAAGGUCCUCGAUGGGCUAGUGUGAACUUAGGCAUAUUUAUAUGCAUGCCAUGCUCUGGGAUCCAUAGAAGUCUUGGAGUACACAUAUCAAAGGUGAGAUCUGCUACACUGGACACAUGGCUUCCUGAACAGGUUGCAUUCAUUCAAUCAAUGGGAAAUGAGAAGUCAAACAGUUACUGGGAGGCAGAACUUCCCCCGAAUUAUGAUAGAGUUGGGAUUGAGAAUUUCAUUCGUGCUAAGUAUGAGGAGAAGAGAUGGAUUCCGAAGGAUGGGAAAUCCAUGUCACCAGUGAGGGGACAAGAAGAAAAAGCUUCUAGUCGGUGGCAAAGACCAACUGAUGGUAACGGGUAUAUUAGCAAUUCUGGAAAUUCUUCUCAUGAGAACUUUCAAGCACCUAGUGCAAAGGAAAAUAUUCCUGCUGCAAGAGUUACUCCCCCCAUGCCUCCUAAAGGACCAGAACCUAUUGCUCCUGCUCCUGUUCCUCAACAAGUGAUUCAGAAACCAGAGCAGUCUACUCCUGCUGAACCUUCAAAGCAGGUCACUGAUGCUGUCAUCUCUCCUAAAGUUGAUUAUGCUACCGAUCUCUUCAAUAUGCUUUCUAUGGAUGGUGGUAGUGAAAAUGCCUUGGGAGAAGCUUCUGCAGAUGAUAUUUCAUGGGCAGGAUUCCAGUCUGCCAGCACAUCAUUAACAGCUGAAAAAACUGCUCCAGAGAAACCUGAUGAUAAUAAGACUGAGUCUGUUUCUGCUUCCGCUUCUGGAAUUGAGGAUUUAUUUAAAGAUUCACCUUCAAUUGCUCCUGCUUCCAUAUCAGAGAAGCCUCAAAAAGAUGUUAAAAAUGAUAUUAUGAGUCUGUUUGAGAAGUCUAAUAUGGUAUCACCGUUUGCUUUACACCAACAACAAAUUGCCAUGCUGGCACAACAGCAGUCUAUUCUAAUGGCUGCUGCAGCUAAUUCUUCUGGUGGAAUGCCAAAACUUCAUCGUAAUACACAAGUGCCCAAUGGUGCUAACUUGUCCAAUCAAAGUUGGCCAAAUGUUGAGUACCAGUUCCCUGGAAUGAUGAUGCCAGCUGCUGGAAAGAGCGAGCUAGAGAAAUAUAUGCAGAUGGGGAACAUGGCAGCAACUCAUCCAGUAGGGAACUCUUUCCCUGUCCCGGUUUCCAGCAUGCAUGCCCCGGGACCCAACACUUCUAGCAACGGUAGUACUUCUGGUGUGAGCAAACUGGCAUCAUCAUUUUCAUCCGCUUCUCCACAGACAGGAAAAGACUACGAUUUUUCCUCUUUGACGCAAGGGUGGUUCUCAAAGCACUAAGAAGCCUAAGAUUUUGGUUCAGUCUCAACUCACCACGCUAGAAAUUCACCGAAAAUGUAGCUAUUGGAGUAUUUUCUCCAAAAUUACUGUUCAUAACUACACUUGGAGGAGCAGUUUCAGCUUUUCUUUUGUCUUGGGGGUGGCUUCAUUUGUAGUUUUGCAUAAUAAAUCUGUUUAGAUUGAACUAUUCUUUCUUCUGGUCUGUCUACUCUUGUUCAUGUGGUUGAAUUCAGAUCAUAAGAAAAGAAAGCUUAUUUACA